CGUUGUACGUUAAAAUCCUUAACCAAUUACCGAUGGCUAAACACAUUUAUCGUAGAACCAAUCAUUUUUACCAUUAAAAAGAAAGCCUAUAAAGUUUCAUACGCCUGCCCUUUCCCCUUAUACUCUCUUUCCAUAGCCCUACACUCUCCUCCUCAUCCCAUUGAAAUUCCCUGCAAACGAAAGUUGAAAAGAAAAAAAAGUAAAAAGAAAAAGAUAAGAAGAAAAAAAAGGAAAGAAAAUCUAUAUGGUCUCCCUCCCUCCAUGUCAUUUUGAUCGGUGGUGAAGCUCUUAUGCUCUUACAAUGGUGUCGCUAACAUUAAAUUAACCAAGUUUAGUGACAUAAGAAAAUCACCGAUCUUGAACUCAUAUAUGAAUAAAUGGAGGUGGAGCGGUUAAGAUGGUGCUUCUCUGGUCUAGAAUGCUAAGUGCUCCUGUGGCCCUCGUUGGUGGAAAUCACACUGCCGCCAGUUUCUGCACUUGCUAAUUGUUUUAAUUUUCUCGGCUUUUCUCUCCCUGUCUCUCUCUUUUCAUCCUCUUAAUUUUUCAUUUUCUAUAAUCGUACGUCCUUUACAUUUCUUUGCAUUUUAUACUUACCCUCUAAAUCCAAUACAGAAACCUUUUUUCCAAGAACAAGAAGAUUUUUUACAAGCAUGGCAGUCCAACUUACAAAGGGGUUACCAUAUUCUAAAGAACCCAAGCAAAUGAUCAAGGUCCUGCCUUUGAAUUAUUCCAAUGGCUUUGGUUUGCAUGGUGAUGCAUACUUGAUCAUCAAGCUCCCUCAUUCUAGGCUUUUGAGGCUUUUUGCUCGAUCUAUGGUUUUGGCUUUGUGUUUUGUUACAUUCUUUGUGUUUGGAAACCUUUUUGGUGCUUCUAUGUUGGUCUCUCUACCACAACCACCUGCUGAGCCUGAAACUGCAAGCCCAUAUUCCUCGUCAAUCGAUCUUGGCCUCUUGCCUUUUCUUUCCCGUGACUUAGCAAAUGAAGGCCUCCUUAAAAGAGGCGAUAAAGUUUUACUUUUAAGCAACGACAAUGAUCGUAAUGGUGCCGUGUAUAUUUCUGAUCAUAUCCUAAAUGGCAAUUAUGAUGUUGAUCUAAUCUCCAUCUCUGAUUUUGAUCGACAAAGCACAAUUCUUGAUGGAUCUUUGGACUUUGUCAUCACAUUUAGCUUCUCAAGUGCCCAAGAAUUCAUCGAUCGUACCCUCAAAGUGGGAGGCAUUGCAGUUGUACAACUAAACGAUAAUCCUUCUCUUGUAUUCAAUAAGCCAUUAAAUUACAAAAUAGUCUAUCUCAGGAAAUUUCAACCAACAGUAAUGGCCAUGAGGAAAACAAACUAUAAUAGCAAUGCUAAUGUCAGCACACAAAGGAAGCUCCACGCAUAUAGAAAUGAAGCAAGAAAGGCAGCACUAAAGAACCUGGAAGAUGUACUCCUGGAACCCCCGAGAAAAUCUUCAGGCAAGUCAAGAAAAUACUUGAAAAAAACAAGGUAUCUGCCAGAUUUAAUGGGCGAUUCACUAGAGGACUAUCCAAGGCGUGUGUUUAUCGACGUGGGGUUACCGGAAAAAGCAGGAGGAAGUGGCACAGGGUGGUUUGCUAAGCAUUACCCCACCAGAAACCUAGAUUUCGAGAUGUACAAGAUUGAGACAGUGACAGAAAAAUCAUCAGGAAAGGAGGUGCCGCAGGUGGAGGAGGUGAUAGGAAUAUCAGGGUGGUUGACGAAGAAUGUGAAGGAGGAAGAGUACGUGGUGAUGAAGGCAGAUGUAGAAGUGGUGGAGGAGAUGAUGGAAAGCAAAACAGUGAGGUUGGUGGAUGAGCUUUUCUUGGAAUGCAGCCCAAGAGGAAAUGGAGGAAAGGGGAACAAUGGAGGCAGAAGGGCUUAUUGGGAGUGCUUGAGUUUGUAUGGAAGAUUAAGGGAUGAGGGUGUUGCUGUGCAUCAAUGGUGGGGUUGAGAAAGAGAGAUUCCAUCCCCUUCUACAUUAUUUCUAUUAAUUUCAAUUCUUUCCUAUCAUAUUUCUUACUUACAUUGCUUAUAUAUUAUCUAUCGGAUAUUUCUUUUCUGCACAUACACGCAGGCAGUUUAAAAUUUGAGGUGGGUGUUUCUUGAUCAUAAUUAACGAGAGUAUUGAGAUGUAUCAUAUGGAUUCUUUAUGUUUUUUUUUUUUUUUUUGUUCUUUUUGUAUGUGUGUCAGUAUUGGAGCCUAUCUUAUAAUUUGCAUUGAAGCAUAUUGUAGCUUUACAAAUGAUCCGGUUACUUUGGAUUUGUAAUGAGAGAGAUUUUAAAAAGUAAUAUCAAUAUAUAUCUUUUUGUAAUAUGCUUAAGGAUUUCAGAUUUCUUUAUAUCUUUUUGUAAUAUUCAAA